AUGGCCCCCCACGCCGACAGCCCUUCCGGCACCUCUGCCGCCACCCCCUCCAAGUACCACGCUGCCUCUACCGACGGCGCCAUCAAGACGGAGGAGGAGUACGCCGCGCACAACUAUCACCCUCUGCCUGUCGUCUUUGCGCGUGGUAGCGGCGUGCACGUCUGGGACCCCGAGGGCCGCCAGUACCUCGACUUCCUCUCUGCCUACUCCGCCGUCAACCAGGGCCACUGCCACCCCGAGCUCGUCAAGGCCCUUGCUGACCAGGCCGGCCGCCUGACCCUCUCGUCGCGUGCCUUCUACAACGAUGUCUUCCCCCGCUGGGCUGAGAAGGUCCGUGACGUCUUCGGCUACGACAUGGUCCUGCCCAUGAACACGGGCGCCGAGGCCGUCGAGACGGCCAUCAAGAUUGCCCGCAAGUGGGCCUACAAGGUCAAGGGCGUCGAGAAGGACAAGGCGCUCGUCUUCUCCGUCGAGGACAACUUCCACGGCCGCACCAUGACUGCCAUCUCCCUGUCCACCGACCCCGAGUCCCGCGACAACUACGGCCCCUACGUCCCCGGCAUCGGAGCCUUCAGCCCCUCCACCGGCAAGCCCAUCCGCUACAACAACAUUGCCGACCUGGAGGAGGUUCUCGAGGCCCACGGCAAGGAGACGGCCGCCUUCAUCGUUGAGCCCAUCCAGGGCGAGGCCGGUGUCGUCGUUCCCGAUGAGGGUUACCUCGCCGCCGUGUCCGCGCUCUGCAAGAAGCACAAUGUCCUCUUCAUUUGCGACGAGAUCCAGACCGGUAUCGGCCGCACCGGCCGCAUGCUCUGCUCGCAGUGGGCCGAGAUCAAGCCCGACAUGGUCACCCUCGGCAAGGCCAUCUCCGGCGGCAUGUAUCCCGUGUCGGCCGUCCUGUCCAGCCGCGAGGUCAUGCUCGUUGUCGAGCCUGGCACCCACGGCUCCACCUACGGCGGCAACCCCCUCGGCUGCGCCGUCUCCAUGCGCGCCCUUGAGAUCAUGGAGGAGGAGGACCUCACGGCCAAGGCCGAGAAGCUGGGCCACAUCUUCCGCGAUGGCAUCACCGCCUUCGGUUCGCCCAUCAUCAAGAUCGUCCGCGGCAAGGGUCUGCUGAACGCUGUCGUCAUUGACGAGUCGGCCGCCAACGGCCGCACGGCGUGGGACCUGUGCAUCCUACUCAAGGAGAAGGGCCUGCUUGCCAAGCCCACGCACGGCAACAUCAUCCGUUUUGCGCCUCCCCUCGUCAUCUCCGAGACUGACCUGCGCAAGGCCAUCGACACCAUCGGCGAGGCACUCAAGGAGCUGCCAAACGUCAAGAAGGCCGCCGGCCAUUAA